AUGAAUUCAUUUUAUGAUACUGCUAGGGAUAAUAAAUCCUCUUUCUUCUUACGUGAAUUGGCUGGAGGUGUCACUUCAGCUGGACAGAGAAAUAUCAAACUUGUUGCAGAUUUCGUUGAAAGCAAGGGUUUACAGAAAAAAUAUGGAGAUACCGAUUCUUUAUAUAUAGUCUGUUCAGAAGAAUGCUUUCAGGAAUGCGAUGAGGAAUAUGAUAGUGGUAUUGGAUUCUCGAAAGAAGAAUAUUGGAAAAAUAACGGAUUAUCUUACCUUGAAAUGGCAUAUGAGGAAGUCUUAUUUUCAGUAGUAUUUACUGGAAAGAAAAAAUACUAUGGAAAGUGUAUUAUGGAUGAAUCUUUAAAGGUGAAUAAUAUACAUACCUUACAUCAAAUCAUAGAGAAUGUUCUUAGGGAAUUUGUAAAGGAUAUUUCUCAGACAGAUCUUUAUGAUUUAAUUAAAACUGCUGUCUGGAAACCAGAUAAAGAUAAUAAGCCUGUCCAGCGCUUUAUGUCACGAAUGCGGGAUAGACAUACUCAUGAAGAAGCAGACACAAAAAGGCUCAUAAAAAAUGGCCUAACACCUGAGCCUUUUCUUAUGAAACCCCAGAACCAGGUGAACGAUUUGAAUAUGUUGUAG